AUGGCAUCCCCGCACGUCCUCUACUACUGUCCCUGCAGUCCGCACAACCCGAACGACGCCUCUUCGUCUUCCGCUGGCGGCAGCCGCCAAACAUCCUCGCUCGCCUCACCGCCACCCGGCCUACCCGCAUCGUCGCCCGCAUCCAGCCAUGCCUUUCAUCCGCUCGAGUCGCUCUACUUUUGCGACGAAUGCAACCACAUACGCUGCAAUCGCUGCGUCACCCUCGACAUCUCCUCCUACUACUGUCCGAACUGCCUCUUCGAAGUGCCCGGUGCGAGCGUAAAGGCGGAGAAGAACAGAUGCGCGCGCAACUGCUUCGUCUGCCCCUGCUGCCAACACACCCUCUCCGUGCUCGCCUCGGACGCACAGAACGCUCGCGACCUUGACCCGACCGAUCCAGUCGCAAGCCAGGGCGCCUCUCCGUACUACCUCGGCUGCUCCUUCUGUCGCUGGGACUCCAGACCCAUCGGACUCGUAUUCGACAAACCCACCGGUCUCAGCCUUCAACUUCAGCGCUCAGAGGAAAACGCGCCCGACGUGCUCGAGUUCGACAGGCUCAAGGAUCACUUCGACCCCUACCUCAAAACACAAACUCAAGCCGCAAUCGCUUCAGCAGCAGUAGGAUCUUCCUCCGGCUCCCGCUCUCGAUCGUCUCAAUCCACCGCCGCCACUGCAACAGCCACGGAGUCAACAUCGUCCUCCGACCCUGCUCGCUCCAGCCGCACUUCACGCGUUACCGCUGCCCGCAAUGCUGCGACAGCCGCCCUCUCCUCCUCCAGACUCCUCCGCGACCUGCCACAGCUCGCAAACUCGCGCAAUCCUCACGCCCUCUCUUCCGCCGCUCGCUCGGCUCCCAUCGAACCCGACGAGCUCAAGACCUACCGCGCUCUCAAUCCAUGGCAGGCCCCUGCCGACUCACGCAGAUCUUCGUCCGCCAGCAGCUCAUCGAUGGGCGUAGUCGCAAAGCGCGAAAAGCAUCGCCGAGACUAUCUCGCGCGCAUCCAAUCCGCUCCCAACCAACCCAUCACCUCCCUCGACGACAAGAUCGCCUCCCUUCAACAGCGCUGGUCCUCCGCAUCCAUCGCAGAUCAACCCAUCCGCGCAGCCGACCUGCGUCCCACACGCGUGCCGCUCAAGUCAAAGCUCUCCAAGAGAUGUCCCGCCUGUCGUCACAUCGUCAUCAAACCCGACAUCAAGGCCGCUUCCAACCGCUUCAAAAUCAAGCUCGUCGCUCUCAACUUUCUCCCAGAGAUUCAGCUGGCACUCGCGCCGCAACAGCCCCACCUUGAUCCCCUCCGCUUCCGUUCCUCAGCUACCUCCGGCCAACCUUUCACACCCGCCGGAUCUCUCAGAAGGAGACCCCUUUCAGUGCUAGGCGCGGCCACAGCAUCCGCACCUUCCGAUCCACUCGCCCCCGCAGCCUCUUCCAUCACCGCAACCUCCCACGACGUCGACGUCAACAAUCUCAUCCCCGGACACACCUACAGCUUCCAGAUCAACAUCACCAACCCUCUCGACGACCCCAUCGAGGCCCACUUCAACUUUGUCCGAUUCGCCCCUCCUGAUCGCGCCAACAAGUCUUCCUCCACCAAUGCCCAUCGCCAGAGCACCGUACAGACUCUUCCGGAGCCGCGCUAUAUCUUUAGCUCUCCACACCACCCUUCAAAAGACCAGUCGACACCCCAAGCAGAGCCCAAACAAACUUCCGCCAAGCCGUCCCGGCGCCCACGCCUCGGCUGGCAGGUGUACCCUUCAGCCUACUCCGUACCUCUCAACGCCUUCAACGAGGUAUGGGAGCUCGAAGAGUCCGACGACCUCAUUGCAUCCAAGUCUGGCACCGACACUGCUCAGAACGCCAACAGCGCCCAGAUAAACGACGCCACUCACAGGCACUACGCGGUCAAGACGGCUAUCAUCCGCGGAUCGGGCACAGACCCCAACGACUCUUCCGCCUGGGCCAUCGAGGACGACGAGCAGGACGACGACGACGAUGACGGCUACGAUGACACCGACGACGACGACGCAGACACAGACAAUGCCGAUUCCGCACUUUCCAACAUCCAGGAAGAGCAGGAUUCGACCGCUUCCCCUCCUCACAACUCUGCACAGACUGCACGCCGACAGCGGGCUUCACUACUACCUUCGGCACGUCGUCGACGUCGUCCUCGCCAAGCUUCCUCCGCAGCUACCAACCAACGCCCACCCUUUAUUCAAAAGGGACACACCACCACGCUCUUCCUCGACCUGGCCAUCUCGUCCAACGAUGCGCCUGCGCCGGGUCCCAUCGAGCUCGGCAUGCACGUCACCUACCGAUACACAGCCGCAGCCGCCGAGCCUGCUGAGCCGCCGCCCACUGGCAAAGACUCUUCCUUCUGGACAUCCCUGCGCCUCGGCACCAUCGUUGGCGCGAGUCUGUUGUAG